AAUGGUUUGAUAAUAUGAAAGAAAGAUAUAAUGCAAGCACUAAUGAAAAAUGGCCCGAAUUAGCUAGAACCUUGCUCUAUGACUAUCCAAAAAGAAAUAUCAUAACUGUAGAAGGCAAUUUUGGUGAUAAACCACAAGCAGUUAUUUCAUCUCCUGAAAAUAUAAAAUAUAGAUUUAAUCAUUAUGUUGAAGAUCAUAAUAAAUAUUUAGAAGUGCCCUAUAUGCCCCAGCUUAUAGCAAAUGCAAGAGAACAAAUUACAAAAGUUCUUAAAGCCGAAUUGCAUAAAAAAGAUCGAAUAAAAACUGCAUUAACUGCUCAAUGUAUAUAUUCUGGGCAUGUUAGUAAAGGGAAAGACAAACUUAAAAGUCCAUUAACUAUAAUUGCUUAUCACAGAAGCCUCAUACAUAUUAUUCUUACAGAAGAAGAUAUCAAUGAACAUAUAAAUUUAUUUUUAUUGGAAAUAGAUAAUGCUAUAGACUUAUUUAUACAAGAAGAAUCAGGAAUGAAUUUGGUAAGAAUUGAAAUGUUAACUAUUGAAGCUUAUACUUUUCAAAGAACAACUGGUGGGUCAUAUAUCUCUACUCCAAAGAAGCUUGCUAAUACCAAAUGCACAAUAAAUCCAGAUAAUUCUGAUAUUAUAAAUCCAGCAACAGGUAAGCCCACAGAUAAUUGUCUCAAAGGUGCAUUAGUCAAGCUAGAUGGAAUUCCAAUGCCUACACCAAUUUGCUCACAUAUAUUUAAUAAGAUAGAGGAGAUGAAUUCAGAUAUUUCUAUUAAUGUUUGGGAAUGGAAAGAAGAAACAGCUACUUCCAAAGUGGUAAUAGCUAGCAAAAACUAUAAAAGACAAUAUAUUAUUGACCUCAUGGCUCUUACAGAUAUUAUGAAAUCUAAAGACAAGUAUGGGCAAAAAAACCACUUUCUUUGGAUAAAAAAUUUAGAUAGGCUAGUUUAUGGGGAUACUGCUCAUCAUGGUAAAAGAUAUCUUUGUAGAAAAUGUACUAUAAGCUGGCCAUCAGAAAAAGCUUUUGCAAAUCAUUUUGAACAUUGUCUUCAUUUGGAAGAAGCAACUCAAGAAGUCAAAUUAUCUAUCAAGGAUAUUAAUGACUUUGAGAAGUUUAAGAAUUAUGGAUGA